GCCGCACCUCUCCACUCUACCGUCGCCCAUCAUGAGUUGCCUCCGAUCGAGGCGCCUCCAGCUUGCGAGCCAGCUCUCCAAAAGCCUCAGGACUCCCUCGCGAGCCUUCUCCUCGACCAGACCCGCCGCCCGCAUCUUUGCCUCCGACCCUUUGAGGGCGAAGGAAGCCUCGCCAUUCCUCAGCCAAAAGUACCCUGUGAUAGACCACGAGUAUGAUGCAAUCGUUGUCGGAGCUGGCGGCUCGGGUCUACGCGCUGCCUUCGGUUUGGCGGAAGCUGGAUUCAACACUGCCUGUAUAUCGAAGCUUUUCCCUACGCGGUCUCACACUGUAGCUGCACAGGGAGGUAUCAAUGCUGCGCUUGGAAACAUGCACGAGGACGACUGGCGAUGGCACAUGUACGAUACGGUUAAGGGUUCGGACUGGCUAGGUGACCAGGAUGCUAUCCACUACAUGACAAGAGAAGCACCUCAGAGUGUCAUCGAACUCGAAAACUACGGCUGCCCAUUCUCGAGAACAGAUGACGGAAGGAUCUACCAGCGAGCUUUCGGUGGUCAAUCUCAGAAGUUUGGCAAAGGCGGACAGGCAUACCGAUGCUGUGCUGCCGCUGACAGGACUGGCCACGCUCUUCUUCACACCCUUUACGGCCAAUCGCUGCGACACAACACCAAAUACUUCAUUGAAUUCUUUGCUACUGACUUGAUAAUGGAGGAUGGCGUCUGCAAGGGUGUCAUUGCCUACAACCAAGAAGAUGGUACUCUGCACAGGUUCCUAGCUAAGAACACCGUUCUUGCCACCGGCGGCUACGGGCGAACAUACUUCAGCUGUACGUCUGCUCACACAUGUACCGGUGACGGAAUGGCAAUGGUUGCCCGUGCAGGUCUCCCUAACCAGGAUCUGGAGUUCGUCCAAUUCCACCCCACAGGUAUCUACGGAGCAGGAUGUUUGAUUACGGAAGGAUCUCGAGGAGAGGGCGGAUAUCUGCUCAACUCCGAGGGUGAGCGAUUCAUGGAACGUUAUGCCCCAACUGCAAAGGAUCUGGCUUCCCGUGACGUCGUCUCUCGGUCAAUGACAUUGGAGAUCCGCGAAGGCCGUGGUGUCGGACCAGACAAGGACCAUAUCUACCUUCAACUCAGCCAUCUUCCCCCGGAAGUCCUCCAUGACCGUCUCCCAGGUAUCUCGGAAACCGCCGCUAUCUUCUCGGGUGUCGACGUUACCAAGCAACCCAUUCCCGUCCUACCGACCGUCCACUAUAACAUGGGCGGUAUUCCCACAAAGUACACCGGCGAGGUUCUAACUGUCACCGAAGACGGCAAGGACCAAGUCGUCCCCGGCCUCUUCGCCUGCGGUGAGGCCGCCUGUGUCUCUGUCCACGGCGCCAACCGUCUCGGCGCCAACUCCCUCCUCGAUCUCAUCGUCUUCGGCCGCGCCGUUAGCCACACCAUCCGCGACAACUUCACGCCCGGCCAGAAGCACGACCCCAUCGCCGCCGACGCCGGCGCCGACUCCAUCUCCGUCAUCGACCAGAUCCGCACCGCCGACGGGCCCAAGAGCACCGCCGAGAUCCGCCUCGCCAUGCAAAAGACUAUGCAAACCGACGUCUCCGUUUUCCGCACGCAGGAAUCCCUCGAGGAGGGCGUCCGCAAGAUCCACGAGGUUGACAAGACCUUCGCCGACGUCGGCACCAAGGACCGCAGCAUGAUCUGGAACUCGGACCUCGUCGAGACGCUCGAGCUACGCAACCUGCUCACUUGCGCUGUGCAGACCGCGGAGAGCGCUGUGAACCGCAAGGAGUCGCGUGGUGCGCACGCGCGUGAGGACUACCCGGACCGUGAUGACGAGAACUGGAUGAAGCACACGCUGAGUUGGCAGAAGAAACCACAUGGGGAUGUCAAGCUCGGGUACCGGGCUGUGGUGGCGACGACGCUGGAUGAGAACGAGUGUAAGGCAGUCCCGCCUUUCAAGCGAGUUUAUUAGGCCCCGUGUUGAAUUCGAAUGUGUGCGGUUCGCGAAUUGUGUUCUCCUUGCAUCUGUACGUAUAAAGUUCGGCUGUCAGGCCUGUGGGAGGAGGCUAGAUUGGGUGGAUGGAUGUGCCACGACGUAGCGGAAUGCAAAAUAACCCAUUUUUUUGGUUUGAUA